AGAUAUCUUCGUCUAUCCACGAGCUGACUUGACCUGAAAACUAUAUCCAGGCCUUUUGUCAAUCGUCAUCUCCUCCGGCCCUUUAUAUAAAUCCCUACAUUGUCCUAGCAAUUUAAAGCACUGUGAAUUCGAAAGGAGCUCGACUUUAUCAGACUCACACAGUUAAUAUCACCUAGCCUCUCCAAGAGCAAUCAGCCAUGACGAUCGUGGAGAUGCAGAUGAACAUCGACUGCGACGGCUGCGAGGACAAGGUGAGGAAGGCCAUUCUGAGGCUUCAAGGCGUUCACUACGUGGACGUGGACCGGGCGCGGGACAAGGUGACGGUGACGGGCACGGCGAGCCAGAAGAAGGUGUUGCGCGCGGCGCGGCGCACGGGGAAGCUCGCCGUGCUGUGGCCGUCCGCUUACGACCCGGGCUACCACCACGCCUACGCCUACGCUCACGCGCAGCCGGCCUACUACUCCUACCAGCAGGCCAAGCCCGCCGCCGCCACCGCCCACGCUCACCGCUACUACAACAGCGUCCCGCACAGCAAGAGCGGGUACAUGCCGGCGGCGCAGUACGGCAGCGCCAGCUCGUACAACUACCAAGUCCAUGGCUACUACGACUCGGACCUCCACGGUUACCACCACGGGCAGCAGGCGCUGUCCGACGGCGUGCCUGUCGCCGCGGGGAGCUACUUUAGCGACGACAACCCCAGCGCCUGCUCCGUCAUGUGAGUGCCGACCCGACCGGUGGUUGCUACGAUGCCUACCAAUCGGCCUCUCCAGCAUGUACAUACGUCUCUUGUGUAUAGUUCUGUCAAGGUGCUCGGCCUCUCCAGCAUGUACAUACGUCUCUUGUGUAUAGUUCUGUCAAGGUGCUCCGUUAUGACAUUGAAGCCUAUGUUUGGAACAACAAAUUGUAUGGAAGUUUGCCCCGAAAGAAACAUCCGCUCAUAUACAUGUAUGUACAUUCAUUUCAA